CAGAAUGCACAUUGGCUAGUUCAUUCACUUGAGUUCCUUAUUUUUCAGUCCAGCAGAAGUUUGGGGGAUAGCAUUUUUGAAGGGGUUUGUUGAGAUCAUAUCAUUUGCUGAAUAAAUAUAUUUCAGAUAGUCUCUGAGGGAGCAUAAAUUAGUUCAUCCUCCACCUUUUCUUUUUAGGCAACCCUGAGAAGCAAUGUUUUUAAAUCUCUCAUUCAUUUAAAUGCCUAUUACUUUCAACCUUGUUAUAAAAAUGUAGAUGUUAUGAUUCAUUAUUUUAUUUCCAUAUUCAUUAUAAAUUGUGAAUGUUAUAAUUUGUUACUUUUGAAAGAAUACUUUAGAUAACAAUGAGAGUAGCUUGAGGGUUAAUAAUUCAUACUUCCUGAAUGUGUUUUUAUUUAAUCUGAAGCUCUUAGUUUUCCAAGGCCUUAGUUUCACUCAUUCUGUGUUUAUGUUUUUAUUCUAGUGAGCUGAAGCUCAUUUCAUAGCCAGACCAGACAUGAUGGCAUUUAUAUGUUGACAGAUGAACCACUAAACUCCAGUUUGUCAACUGCUACAUGUCAAAUGGUAUCCUAUUUCAGUGAAAUAUUGUAAGAAGUAAAAUAAAAUAAUAAUAAAAAGGGUAAUUCAUCUCCUACAAUUGCUUUUGGAUAGAAUUAUGCUCUUUUCAUAAUAGAAGAUGAUAAUCUUGGAGAAUGACCAUGGAGAAGGGGAUGAGUUCUGGAGAAGGGCUGCCUUCCAGAUCAUCUCAGGCUUCAGCUGUUAAAAUAACAGCCAAAGAAUUGGAAACAAAGCAGUCCCAUAAGGAGAAACGUGGAGGCUUUGUGCUUGUACAUGCAGGUGCAGGUUAUCAUUCUGAAUCCAAAGCCAAGGAAUAUAAACAUGUAUGCAAACGAGCAUGUCAGAAGGCCAUUGAAAAACUGCAGGCUGGUGCUCUGGCCACUGAUGCAGUGACUGCAGCCCUGGUGGAACUUGAGGAUUCUCCUUUUACAAAUGCAGGAAUGGGAUCUAAUCUAAAUCUCUUAGGGGAAAUUGAGUGUGAUGCCAGCAUAAUGGAUGGAAAAUCCUUAAAUUUUGGAGCAGUUGGAGCACUGAGUGGAAUCAAGAACCCAGUCUCAGUUGCAAACAGACUCUUGUGUGAAGGGCAGAAGGGCAAGCUGUCAGCUGGCAGAAUUCCUCCCUGCUUUUUAGUUGGAGAAGGAGCCUACAGAUGGGCAGUAGAUCAUGGAAUACCCUCUUGCCCUCCUAACAUCAUGACCACAAGAUUCAGUUUAGCUGCAUUUAAAAGAAACAAGAGGAAACUAGAACUGGCAGAAAGGGUGGAAACAGAUUUCAUUCAACUAAAGAAAAGAAGACAAUCAAGUGAAAAGGAAAAUGACUCAGGCACUUUGGACACAGUGGGUGCUGUGGUUGUGGACCAUGAAGGGAAUGUUGCUGCUGCUGUCUCCAGUGGAGGCUUGGCCUUGAAACAUCCAGGGAGAGUUGGGCAGGCUGCUCUUUAUGGAUGUGGCUGCUGGGCUGAAAAUACUGGAGCUCAUAAUCCCUACUCCACAGCUGUGAGUACCUCAGGAUGUGGAGAGCAUCUUGUGCGCACCAUACUGGCUAGAGAAUGUUCACACGCUUUACAAGCUGAAGAUGCUCACCAAGCUCUGUUGGAGACUAUGCAAAACAAGUUUAUCAGUUCACCUUUCCUCGCCAGUGAAGAUGGCGUACUUGGCGGAGUGAUUGUUCUCCGAUCAUGCAGAUGUUCUGCAGAGCGUGACUCCUCCCAAAAUAAGCAGACACUUCUAGUGGAAUUUCUGUGGAGCCACACAACGGAGAGCAUGUGUGUUGGAUAUAUGUCAGCCCAGGAUGGGAAAGCCAAGACUCACAUUUCAAGACUUCCUCCUGGUGCGGUUGCAGGACAGUCGGUUGCAAUCGAAGGUGGGGUUUGUCGCCUGGAGAGCCCAGUGAACUGACUCUUCUGGCCAAGCAUGAAGUGUCUGAGAAGUGUUCAGAAGCUAAGCUUUUGGGGUUUUUAACGAAGCUGGAUGUUUUAUCUUCCUUGUUUUAUAAUUCCUGUUCAACCUCAUGCACCGCUCAAGACACGAGUGCUGCUGCAGUUAGCGCUUAGUGACACGUGGGCCUUUGGUGGGUGAGCGUGUGUGGGUGCUGGGUGUGGGUGCUUGUAGGUGUGUGGGCGUGCAUGUGUGUGUGUAUGUGUGUGUGUGCAGCGUGGGUGCUUGCUUCUCCCUUAAUGAAAUAGAAACUCCUCAUUGUGUAACCUAAGACCAGGAAUGAUCAAAUCAUCUUUACAAAAUGUGUGCUUUAACUGUUUACAAGUGAAACCUAAAGUUACAGGAAACAUUUUUUAUUUUGUAAAGAGGUACCAACUGUCAUUGAUGUAAUGUGUCUGAUUUGAAGAGUAAAUCUAUUUGUUUAAAUGAUUUGACAGUGGUAGUGCUCUGUUUAAUAACAGUAAUAAGUAAUAAGGUGUUUUUAUUUGUUAACCAGUUUAAGUGGAUCCUGUGGUAACUUAAACUGUUGUUUUCAUCCCUCAUAUGGGGCAUUUUUCUUUAACAAAGAAUGGUUUCAGUGAAACAAUCUAGCAGAGAAUUAAGGUCAGAACCUUUUUAAAUAAUAGUCUUAUUGAGAAAGUUUGUACUUCUUUCCUCAGCUUUUCUAAGCUUAAAUAUUGCAUAGCUUCGAGCUAUAUGUACUAUAUUAUGAAAGAAUAUGUAAAGAGAACAUACAGUAAGGCAUAGUCUUUAAUUUGUGUAUAAUGGAAUGUUAUUUACAAUGUAACACUGUAAAUAAGAAAGCAAAGUUUAUGGGAAAAUUCAAUAUUUGUUUCUUGUUUAAAUAUAUUUUUAAGAUAAAGGCACAAAAAUAAAAGAAGCGUAUUACUGAGUAUAGUGUGUGACUUCUCUUCUCAAACUAAUAAAUUAUC